AUGCCCGAAACACACCGCCUUUGCGACAAAAGUGCAGAGCUAUCGAGCCUGAUCAAGCGCGUAGCAGCCGCGCGACGGUUUGUGGUUAUCACGGGGGCCGGGAUCUCGGUCAACUGCGGCAUCCCCGACUUUCGCUCCUCGCAGGGCAUAUUCCAGCAAAUCCAAAAGGCACACGGCGCCCUCAUAAGCAGUGGCCGCGACCUCUUCGACGCCUCCGUAGUGUUCCGCUCCUCCGAAACCGCCAAUAUCUUCUACCACUGGAUGACGCACCUCCGGCACCAAUGCGCCAAGGCCCAGCCAGGCGCCAUACACCAAUUCAUCCGCACAUUGGCUGAUCGGGGACUUCUGCUCAGAAGCUACACGCAGAAUAUCGACGGGCUCGAGCGCAAGGCCGGGCUGAACUCUAUUCCGCUGCACGGGUCCAUGGACCAUCUGGUGUGCCAGCUGUGCUCGAGCUCGUAUGCAUUUUCGGAGUGUCCUGCGGAGGAUGGCGAUGCGGCGAGGAGUGCUGGUGAUGCGUGCCCGGAUUGCUUUGAGCGGUCUGAGACCCGCCGCGCGCUUGGCCGGCGCCAGCUGCCCGCAGGCAAACUGCGCCCCACCGUGGUGCUGUACGAGGAGCCACACCCGCAUUGCGAAGACAUUGGCAGGAUAAUCUCCCACGACGCACGCGCCCUCGGGUCUCGGCAACCGCGCUCCGAGUCGACCGGCAGAGUGGCACCCACCAACGUUGUCUUGAUCUUCGGCACUACGCUCAAAGUGCCUGGGUGCAGACAGCUGGUCAAGCAGAUGGCGAUGGCCGCCCCAGCGUCUACCGUCACGGUGCUGGUCAAUAAUGAGCCGGUUUGUGGCAAGAACUGGGAUGGGAUUAUUGAUUAUCAGGUUAUUGGGAAUGUUGAGGACUGGUGCGCGCGCGUUGAA